UUUUUUAAUUUUAUCUUCCUUCACAGACUUCUUCAAUCGUCCACUUUUUUCCCUCUCUCGUUCUCUGACCUCAUUAUUUUUAUUUAUUAUCAGGUAUAUAACUAUUUUUCUUGUCUGUCUAACUUUAUCUGUCUGUCUGUUCGUCUGUCUAUAUGUCUGUCUGUCUCUAUCCAUUCUCCGAUCUGUUAUUUUAUUUUUCUUAUCUUUCAUGUCUGUCUGUCUGUCUGUCUGUCUGUCUGUCGUUCUAUCUGUCUGUCUCUAUCAAGUGUUAAGAAAGUGAGAUAUUGAAACAAGGCUGAAGGAAAAUAAAAGAGAAAACAAAAACAACAACAUGUGGCCAAGAACAACAACAACAAAAAGUGCAAAAUCGUCUCACCAGGUGGCGAAAAUGUCUCUAAAACUCGCAUUGAAACAACUUGACCCCCACUUCGAUACCCCCCAACCACCACCACCACCACCACCACUACGAGGGUCACCACCAAAACCACCACCACCUCGUCCUCCACCUGUACUCCGUCUAGGCCUCCACCUCCUCCACCUUCACCUUCAGCUCCUCCUCGUCGUCGUCCUCGUCCUCGCGUCCUCCGCCAACGGUGCCGCCCACAGAAUCCUGGAGACGGAUCAGCUGUGUCCGACCUGUCCUUACUUUCUGCCCACGUCCGUCGAGGUCACCACACCUAUGGGCAUCCCGGCCAACCUCACAUGCGGCGUCAGGCAGCUCGGGGACAAGAAGGUGUCGUGGAUCAGGCGCAAGGACCUGCACGUGCUGACCACAGGUAACUUCACGUACACGACGGACACGAGGUUCCGCGCGCUGCACCUGCCCGGCUCGCCCUUCUGGAGCCUGGAGGUGGACCGGCCCGCCAUCACCGACUCCGGCCUCUACGAGUGUCAGGUGUCCACGCAGCCCAAGAUAUUCCGCCGCUUCAGGCUCAGCGUUGUGGUCCCCAGCGCGCGCAUCACCGGCUCGAGGGAGAUCUUCAUGAAGGCGGGAAGCGACAUCAACAUCACCUGUGUAGUGAAGGGCGCCAUCAGAGGAGCGCCCGUUACCUGGUACCACGUGCUACCCCGCGACCCACCCAAGGAGGAGCUGGUGGAGAUCAACGCCGGGGCUCGGGGCGGCGUCCAGCUGGUGACGGACAAGAACUCGGGCACCAGCUGGCUCCUGGUUACCCACGCCACCUGGAGGGACGCCGGAAACUACACGUGCGCGCCCGUCCACGCCACGCCCGCCUCGGUGUCGGUCCACGUGCUCGACGAGGCUCCAGCCGAGCUCCAAAACGACCCCCAGCCGAGCCGAGCCCAAACGUCCACCCAAGGAACGCCAGGCCUCCCGCUGCUCCUGCUGGGGCUUCACCAUCUGCUGGGGCGCGAGUGGGCAAGAGCCUGGUGCCUCUGGGUACUUCUGGCGGCGUGUCUAGUGCUCCCCAACGCCAUCAGGGGGACGAGUGGCCUUCAGGAAGCCUCCCAGACUAGUAAAGCAGCAGAAGGAUCGUUAACAGUCGCCGAGAGGGAUGGAAACAGAUUCCUUGGCGUCACGAUCUUAAGAAAACAGGAGUUGGGAGGUGAUUUGAGGAUAUCCUUUGGUUCCUACACUCCGCCUUCUUUCCCUGCAUCCUACACUCCCUUAUCCUCUUCCUCCUCCUUCGUCUCCUAUACGCCAUCCUUCUCCUUAUUCUUAAAAUCCUACACUACCUCCUCCUCCUCCCGAAGGCACCACCAUCGCCCACUCAGAGUUCCGACGCUCAUGUGCUUUGAUCAUUCCUUCUCCUCUUCCUCUUCCUCCUCUUCCUCCUCCUCCUGGCCUUCCCCCGCCCACGCCUUCCGCCCUAAGCUCUAGUCCACGGCGGGGCGUGCGGGAAGCGAGGCGCGGCGGACGAAGCGGCGCGGGAGUGUCUUUUUGUGUUGGUUGUCCGCGGUGAUGUUGGUGCGGGUGUGUUGCGGGGCGUGAAGUGGAAAACUGUGUGUGUUGUCCCUCCUCCCUCAUGCAUGCGUAAAAAUGUGUUGCUCUUUCCUGCUCUCUCGAACACACACACACACACACACACACACACACACACACACAAUGUACAUAUAAUUCUAAGGUCGUGUGUACAGUGCAUGCAUCAGUAUGUAACUUUCCAUUCCAUCACCCAGUCACGGGAAUACAUAAACGUUCAUACAUACAUACAUACAUACAUUCAUAUAUACAUACAUACAUACAUACAUAUAUACAUACAUACAUAAUUAUAUACAUACAUACAUUCAUACAAUCAUAGGUAAAUUCACU